AUGGACAAGUCUCACAAGAGCGAACAUGCGCUUUGGAUGGAGAAGAUGAUCCGGGGAGGUCUGGAGACGAUGUGCCUGGAGCAUUUGAAGGACGAAAGCAUUCUCAAGAGCCACCCUCUGGAAGACAUGACCCGGCACUUGCUGCGCUACGGCCCCGACCAGUGCUCCGUAGCGGACUGCUGGAACAUCUGGGGCUCCGCGGUGUUCUCCUACUCGGAGUACACCAGUACGGGGCUGUCCGACGUGCCGGAGCACUUCCAGAGCUCCAUGGAUUGCCUGGCGAAGCACCUGAUACGGCGCCUCCAGGAGGCGACGCGGGGGCUCAAAGAAGCCGCGAACGCUUUCGUCCUCAGCCGCGAGACCGAUGAAGACAGGGCAGAGAAGGACCAUCACAUGCAGUUGGCCCAAGUUUCUGCAGAGCAGCUGCUCGAAGAGUCAAAGCUCAGUGGGCCUCCGGAGUUCUGGCAGCUUCCUGAGGGCCGGCACAAGCAGAUCUUGCUGGAGCUGGUGGUACUCGAGGAGCAUGUGAGGAGCUGCCACCAGAUACGCGAGGUCGAAGCGCAGGCAGAGGUGGCGGCGCAGGCGCUAGCGCAGCAUCUUGCAGUUGCUAAGAAACCCUGGGAGGAGAUCGAUGCCUCUACUGCCAUGGGUGAGACUGGCUCCUUCCGGGACACAGGCUUCACCACCUGGUCCACCGGAUUUCGGUCGAACAGCCCGGAGGUCGCUUCAGAGACAAAGGCCAGCCCGGACAUGCUGGCCACGGUCUUGGCGGAGCACGGGUCAAUGUCGGGCGCCUGCCAGGAGGAGCUGGAGGAGUUUCUGGCCGACUUCCACGAGCGCCGCAGACGGGCGGACAACCACAUCGGCCUGCUCUCGGUGAUGCGCCACGGCCAGAUACGGGUCCGGGUGCAGAAAAUCAGCCCGAAGCGGUGGUUUAUCCGAAUCGCCUCGCGCUUCGCCGCGUGCCGCGGCGUGGCGGAGUGGAUCUGCCGUGUGUCUUUGGCGGUGCUGGCCGCAGCUGACCAGGCGGCAGCACCGGCGCCGAUGCCUGAUGUCACCAUGGGCCAGGCGCAGCUCGCAAAGCAGAUGGGCGACUACUACAGGUCCAUCUACGCAGCGCCCGGCAUGGGCGGCGCGGGAGCCGCCAUGCCGGCCGGAGCUUCGGCUGCUCAGUCGACUCAGGGUGCUGCCUCCAUGCCCGCCCAGCCGGCGGUGGGUGGCAUGUAUGGCUCCUAUGCUCCCAUGGGUGCGCAGGUUGGACAGACCUACGAUGGCGCCUUCGGCGGCUCGCCGGCGCAGGUGCAGGCCCAGCAGGCCCAGCUCGCCAACGAGAUGGGGAAGUUCUACAGGUCGCAGUUCGUCCCCCCGGGCAUGGAACAGCAGAUCGCGGCGCAGCAGGCGGCUCAAGCGCAGCAGCAGGCGGCACAGCAGGCGCCGCCCGCUCAGGCGCCGAAGGAGAAGCACGCCAAGGAGUCGAAGCCAGAGGUCUUCCUGGCAGAGACUGGGGCCACUGCCACCACGGCGCCUGUGCCAAUGAAAGCUGAGAACUGCACGACCAUGGACGAGCUCAAGGCCUGGUACAAAGCGAGGAUAGACACUCUGAAGAAGUACGAUUGGCUCAUGCAACGAGGUGCCGUGUAA